UUCCGGUUGUCAGACAAACGUCAACAAGAAAAGAAAAUCGCAAGUGGAUUUGCAUGUAUUAUAUAAUUCCAUGUACGUAUGUUAUCAGUUGUUAUAGAUUUUAAAGGACAGCUAGUUAGCACACAGAGAAUGUGACAGCAAGAAGAAUGAAUUGGGCUGUGUCUGCCUCUGGGUACUUGUACUUGAUAUCAAACAACAUCAAACAGAGAACCAGAAUAAAAACAGACCCAUACUAGGACAGCAUUGUUUGUGGUAACAUUUACCCGAUCAACAUGUUGGAUAGACAGAUCUUUACAGAUAGUCAUGCCAAGUCCAUCCUCACAACCAUGAACAACCUUCGCAAGGUUAACAAGUUAUGUGAUGUCAUACUGCGUGUGGAGGGUCGAGACUUUCCCGGACAUCGCAUUGUGUUGGCAGCAUGUAGUGAUUACUUCUGUGCUAUGUUCACCAAUGAGAUGUCGGAGAAGGACAAACAGAUCAUUGAGUUGCAUGAGAUCUCCAGCAGUGUGAUGGAAGUGUUGUUGGACUUUGUUUACACUGAGACAGUCAACGUGAGUGUUGAGAAUGUCCAGGAACUACUGCCAGCUGCCUGUCUCCUACAACUUACAGGAGUAAAACAAGCAUGCUGCUCGUUCCUUGAGAAACAACUGGACUGUACAAAUUGUCUGGGAAUCAAAGUAUUUGCCGAACAACAUUCCUGUGAGUUGUUGCUUGCUGCUGCUGAGUCUUUUGGUCUCAAACAUUUUGAAGAGGUUCUCAUGCAGGAGGAGUACAGAAACCUUCCUCUGGAACAAGUAAAAUCGCUCAUCAAGAGUGAUGAGCUACAGGUGAACUCUGAAGAGCCAGUGUUCAGUGCAGUAAUGACGUGGGUAAAAUAUGACUCAGAGAAGCGUAAGGAGUAUCUGGCCCAGCUGCUGCAGCAUGUCAGAUUGGCCAUGUUGUCAGCAAGGUUUAUCACUGAUGUUGUAGACGAUGAGCCACUGAUAAAACGAUGUCAUGAAUGCAGAGAUCUAUUGGAUGAGGCUAAGAAGUUUCACCUACGACCUGACCUACGGUCUACGAUGGUUGGGCCAAGAAUGAAAUCAAGAAUUGGAACUGAUGACAUUCUGGUGGUGAUGGGAGGGUUCGGGUCUCAUCAGAACAUGGUGGAGGUGGUGGAACAAUACGACCCAAAGUGUGGCGAGUGGAAACGCCUCCCGAAUCUGACGAAGAGACGGCGAUAUGUUGCUGCUGCUUCUUUAGCAGGGAAGGUGUAUGUCAUUGGCGGGUACGAUGGACAGUCACGCCUCAACACUGUUGAAUGUUUAGACAUAUCAGCAGAUGACCCGGUUUGGCAGACUAUUGCCCCCAUGUCACAUAGGAGGGGACUGGCAGGGGUUUGUGUAUACAAAGGUGAGAUCUAUGUGUGUGGUGGUUUUGAUGGGUUUACACGCCACACAAGUAUGGAGUGUUACAACCCCCACACCAACCAGUGGCACAUCCUGAGUGGCAUGGCUGUCGGACGGGAGGGGGCAGGGCUGGUGGUGGCUGGCGACAAGAUCUAUGGUAUUGGUGGUUAUGACGGAGUUAAUCUACUGGACUCAGCAGAGGUCUAUGAUCCUGUAAAGGAGGAAUGGUCUAACAUAGCACCGAUGUCCACCAGGCGAUCAGGAGCAGGGGUAGCAGUGGUCAAUGACCUUGUGUAUGUAUGUGGUGGAUAUGAUGGCACUGACCACCUGGCCAGUGUAGAGAGCUACAACAUACACACUGGCCAAUGGACAGCAGUCACACACAUGAUCGUCCCCCGGUGUUAUGUGGGGGCAUGUGUACUAAGGGGGAAGUUAUUUGUUGUAGCAGGCUAUGACGGUAACACCUUGUUGAAUACUGUAGAGAGUUACGACCCAACCACUGGUAAGUGGGAACUAUUAGACAGUGCCAUGAAGACUCAGAGAUGUGAUGCCGGUGUGACAGUGGCUCGUAAGUUAUGACACAGGUUUCCUGGCGGGUCCACGGUGAUGUUGGAACAGCUGUCUCGUCACUCGCUGGAUAUACACUUGCCAGUAGACACAAACCUCGACACACUCGGUGCCCUGUAGACAUUGUACUCGCCUGUUAAACUUCUAUACACUCAACUCCUGGUUAUGUCAGUCUAAUUGAAUGUAAGAUCCACAGUAUCAACUUUAAGACUAAAAGUAUGCUACAAAACCAGUCAAGUCAAGUCUACAUUCCCGACUAUUGGACUACAUGUAUAUAUAUACAAAAGUCACUCACUCUUGUCAAGUCAGCAGAAUGUGCCCAGUCUGCAGAAUUGAUUUAUGGACUAUGAACAUGUAUGCCACACAACCAGUUAUGACAAAUCCACAUGACUAUGAUCCGCUGAAUCAACUGAUGUACCCUUUAUACGAGUGUCCUAAGUGUGAGAAUAAAACAAUGAAGCAGUUACAAGUAAUAUUGAUAGGUCCACAAGUAUAGAAUCUGUGGAAUCAACAGAUAGAGCAUGAACUAGGGGUGUCCAAGGAAAGCUUGUUAAAACAUUGGAGUGCAAAUGUUUCAUUAAAUGGCUUCCUGUUAUAGAUAAUAUUGGUUUAAAUGUUUGAAAUGACUCCAUGAUCCUUAUGUUUGGCAAUUUGAUGAUUACUUACCUAUAACGUCAAUGUAUCUAUUUUAAAUGUCAGUCUUGCCUUUGGAUUAAAAUGUUACAGUGUGCUGGAGUAAGUUAGUGAGAUGUUUGCUAACUAAUUUAUAGGUACCUUGAUGUAUGGUGUGCUAAUUUUCAAUUACUGUAUAUAUAUAUACAUGUCAUAUGCAUACAAGUUUAGAUAAGCAAUAUAUUUAUGGGGCAUUAUACAAGUUUAGAUAGGGAAUAUACUUUUGGACAUACAUACAAGUUUAGAUAGGGGAAUAUACUUAUAGGGUAUACAUACAAGUUUAGAUAGGGAAUAUACUUAUAGGGCAUACAUACAAGUUUAGAUAGGGGAUAAUAUACUCAUAGGGCCUACAUACAAGUUUAGAUAGGGGAAUAUACUUAUAGGGCCUACAUACAAGUUUAGAUAGGGAAUAUACUUAUAGGGCCUACAUACAAGUUUAGAUAGGGAAUAUACUUAUAGGGCCUACAUACAAGUUUAGAUAGGGAAUAUACUUAUAGGGCCUACAUACAAGUUUAGAUA